AUAUAUAUAUAUAUAUAUAUAUAUGCGCAUUAGACAGACAUUCAUUUUUCACGUAAUCACGGUGGUAAUAGAGGUAAAAGCCUUUACCAUUAUCAAACAAGUUUUUUUUUUUUCUUUUUUCUUUUUUAUUUUCUUUUUUUAUCAGACAUAUACGAUCUUGACGUAUUCGUUCAUUAGGGUCAAAACGUGGAAUAAUGAUUUCAGAUACGUUCAAUAAAUUGCUUUACGUAUAUAUAUUUUUUAGGUCGCUAUUCUAUCUUUUAUAUUUUUCUAUAAGUAUAUUCAAUAGAACUGGUUUGCGAAGAACAGUCACCGAUGAUCGUUCGAGUUUCUUUAAUACUCGCGUUACUUCAAUAUAUUUUUGAUAAUGGGUUAGCUGCCAGUGGUUUGAUAUGGGACAAGUAUCAACAAAAUUUCGUUCAAUUAUAUUCAAUACCGAGAUUCGCAGCUUUAAAUGCUGAGGUACAAGCGAGACGUCGACGACCAGAGUUGUAUGAAUUUCAUCGUGAACCCAUCAGAGUGGCUUACUAUCAGGAUCCUCACGUGGUCAUGUUCUACGAAAACAACACCAAAAUUAGAGGUAUUUCCGGCGAAACAUGGACGUUACUCGCCGAUUAUUUAAACUUUACAUUAAUACCAGUGAAGAGCAAUUCUAAUACGUUCGGUGAACUUUUGAAAGACGGCACCUACGACGGGCUCAUGGGUAUUUUUAAACGUAACGAAACUGAUGUUAUUUUACGAACCGGACUUUAUAGGUUUCGUAAAAAAGAUAUGGAUUAUACAGUACCUAUUUAUGGUACCGGAUAUAAUUUGCUAAUCCGCCCGAAAUGGCAAUAUAAUAAUAUGUGGUUAAUAGCAAUGUUCUCGAUAAAUACCUGGUACUUUAUUAUAUCCUUAUUCGUGAUUCUCAGUCUUUUUGGUUAUUACGCACAAAAGAUACCAGGCAUAAAUACUAAGGAAAAUAAAAUCAAACUCAAUUUCAAUCUGAGCGAUCACAUCUUUCAUACGUUCGCUAUGAUGUGUUCCCAAGGAUAUCUUCCAACGGAGUAUUUAGACAAAUUCAAGAUACUUUCCACUUCGAAGAAUAUCUUUUCUUGGUUGAUAUUUUUGACCUUUAGCUCGCAUUUGAUAUAUCGUAUGACUAACAGAGAAGUGAUACCACCGUUCAAAGACUUAACAGAUUUAUUAAGCAAUACCAAUUAUAUCGUAUUGAGUUUUCGUGGAUCAAUGGUAUACGAAUCCUUCGAGAAACAAAUAGAAAAACUAAUGAAUGAUAAUCCCAAAUGGGAGAAUCGCGUACAGUUUAUGGACGAUGAAAGAGAGAUAUAUAAAACAGCGUGUGAAAACGAAGAUAAAUAUGCGAUAUUCGAAGUACACGACACGUUUACGGUUAUAAGUAGAUUCGUUUGUACAUUAAUACCCGUAGGUAAUCUUUAUUACAAAACAUGGAUUUCAUUCGGCAUGCAAAAAUAUUUACCAUACAAACGAACGAUUGACGUCGCGCUCAUCAAGAUGCAAGAAGUUGGAUUGGUUGAUUGUUUGAAGGAACGUUGGUUGUUAACAAAACUCGACAACAAGGAGAACAGUCCUUUUAAGAAGAUCGACUUCGAUCAAACUUACGUUAUAUUUUGUAUCCUAACGAUAGGAAUUUUUGCGGCCAUUUUGGUACUCGCUAUUGAACAUAUCGUCUUUUUUUACGAGUCGAAAUUAAAUACGACUGGGAAACGAGUUAAACGAAAAACUUUAAAAGCGUUAAUUAAAUAACGAAACAAAUAAGAUCGUGAUUAUAAUGACAAUAUAUAUCGGGUGUAUCAAUAGCGACGAUAUUUCGAAUUUUUCAAGACGAUGUAAAGAUUAAUAACAUCAACUAAGUCAAAUGAAUAAAUGUUGAUUCAGAAAAAUUGAUCGUAUGAUUGUUUAUAUUAAAUCGUAGAAACGUGAAAUAUGAAUAUCUUGAAAACUGAACGGUCAUAAUGAUUGAUUAUUUUUUCUUAUGGGAUCCUAUGUAAAAAAUAUUAUCUACGUGAACGAAUUGAACCAAUAAGACGUUUUCGAUAAGAGAACGUCAUUUUACGAUGCUGUUGUAUUUAAUUACUUACUUGCUCUUUGAUUUUGACAGUGAAGAGAAGAGGAGGACGCCAUUUUGAAUAUCCGUCGUAAACGUAUUAGUUUUAUUUAAAUACGAUGCUACGUAAUAUGUGUUAGAUAACGUGUUAUUAGAUAAACAGUUACGUUUUCGUGUUCUAUUUUUCUAAGGUUUUAUCCGAUAACAUUUCUUCUCGUAUUGAUCAGCUUCGUUCGUCCUUGAAAAUCCGUAUGGUUAUUAUCGAAAAACACCGAACAUCCGUAUUUUUCUAUAAUUUUCCGCGGAUUUAAUUUAUUCGUGAUAGUUAAAUAUGAUUCUGCGACGUCGCGUUACGUUAAAAUAAUUUCAAUCGAAUCUACUGUGUUUGAUAAAACCAUAUAUUCGAGUUUUAUCAUGCUUGACGCUUUAUAUGCUUCGCCUUAAUCACGUUUCAUCCGAUAGGUCGAAGUUAAUGGUGUUAAAAAAUAGAAAAAAAAAGGAAAAG